GAGGGGUCGGGCUCCUUCCCGGUAUUAAGACUCUGAGGAUCUGCGCUCGGUCCGGGCUCAGGAGGAGGACGCGCUGAGCCGCGGGAGGACAGGGGGAGACAGAGAGAAGUUGAAAGCAGUCGAUCUGAACUGAGCAGCAAGUUUUGUGAGCAAGAGGAAUAUUUCGGACUCCGAUCUUGGCACGCCUCGGUAUUCUGGAUUUGUACCUCCAGCUGGUCUUCGGCGCAGAAGAAUGGCGAUAGGUUACGCAGCGCGCUGGCCGGGCUCCCCGGGGAAGAACGCCUGGAUGGUGGCGGCGGUGAUCAUCCUGACAGCUCAAGGUGUCGUUGCUCAGAAAGUGCGAGUGGAGGAGGAGCUGGAGGCAUAUCCCACAGAGUCUGUUGAUCUGCGCUGUGAAUUCGUCGAUGGGGGAAGUUUAACCAAGCUCACACAGGUGUCGUGGAUUUGGGAGCCGGUUGACGGACAAAGGGACAACAUCGCCGUCUUCCACCCGCUCUACGGACAAAGUUUCCCCAACAUGGCCUUUAAGGAUCGGGUUAUCUUUCUCCACAAGGAGCUGAAGAUCCCGUCCAUAAGGAUUAAUAACCUGCGCAUGUCCGACGCCGGGCGCUACACCUGCGAAUACGCCACCUACCCGUCUGGAAACGAGCAGGGAACCACCACGCUGACGAUGCUCGCCAAGCCCAAGAACUCGGCCAGAGCCGUGACGGUCCAGGCCGGCAGCCGGUCGGUGGCGGUGGCCCGGUGCGAGGCGGCGGACGGCAAACCGGCGGCGAGCAUCCAGUGGCUGUCCUCGGUGGGCGGCAACCACUCCACGACCGUCUCCAACGGCUCGGACGGCACGGUGACGGUCCGCAGCGAGUACCGGCUGGUCCCCACGGCGGCGGAUAACGGCAGAGAGGUGAUCUGCCGGGUGGAGCAGCGGACUCAGGACCGGCCGUGGACCGAGGUUCUCAGGCUCUCAGUGGAGUACCCUCCGACCGUCACCAUCGAGGGUUACGACAACAACUGGUACGUCGGCCGCUCCGAUGCUGUGCUGUUCUGCCAGGCCAAGGCCAACCCUGAGCCCACCACCAUCACCUGGACUACCGCCUCCGGCUCGUUGCCUGACACGGUGGUGGUGGAGGACAACAAGCUGAUGGUGAGGAAGGUGGACGACGCCGUCAACACCACCUUCACCUGCGAGGUCAAGAACAAGCACGGCGCCAGCAGACAGACGCUCACCACGUUCGUCAUCGAAGAGAAACGGGAACCCGUCGAAGAGCCGCAGACGGGUGCCGUGGUGGGAGGCAUCAUCGGCACCCUCAUCCUCGUCGGCGCCGUCGUCGCCAUCAUCUUCCUCAUCCGAAAGUACCAGCAGAACACAGAGGGUCCUCCGAAGCACAAGCCUCCUCCUCCUGUGAAGGCAGGCAGCUCAACGGAGAUGCUGAACAAGCCGUCAGAGCCGCCCACAGCCACAGAGACUGUGCCUCUGAGCCCGGGGGAGGUUUACUACGAGCCCACAGGGGGAGAGCCCGUCACAAUCCUGGAUGAGGACGCCAACGAAGCCCUGAACGGCGGAGCCCCUCCGGUCCUCAACAAGGAUGCUACUGACGGUCACCACGGCAACGACUCGUCCAAUCACGGGCCCUCGUCUGCCAACAUUCCUCGUGGCGAGAGCUUCGUAUCUACGCCCAUGUAUGUGUAGCUGUAGCAGCAAAACCACCAGAACGGAGGCGUACGGGAAAGUUUCAGGUCACCUAAAUUAGCGAGAAGACGAAAGGGAGAGGCCAUGACACCUGUUUCCACUUUUUAUUGUAAAUUUAACCUUUAAAGUUUUGAAGUAACCUGCUAAUGGGUGGUUUUUAGAUUUUAUUUCCUUCCUUCCCAGCUUCUUUAAGUGGGUGACAUGGAUGAAGCUGCAUUCACCUUUCCUUUUACAGCUGAGCUGAAGCUUUGAGCUCCGGAUGAUUCAAACAAGCUCUGUUGACGAAUAUAUCAAGCCUUGAUUUUUGUCCAUUUUCUUUUUUUUUUUUUAAAGCUCUUGUGAAACUAAGUUUGAUUACAUUGCAAUCUUCUCAAGCCAGAAAGCCUUUGAAAUCAUAUGUCUUUCUGCAUAAGACGAGGCGGGCUUUUCAAACGUGUGCAGAGAGCUGUUGUAAUAUAGGUGAACUGGAGCUCUGAUCGGUUACUAAUUAAAAUCCACAUUACCACCAAAAAAAAACAGUCAGAAAACUGCCUAUUCUUGGGUUUUAGGAUGACAUAUUUUAUGCAACAUUUUGUGCCAUGACUUUCCACAUCAUGAAAUCGUUACUAAUGUCUGGGAGAGAGGCUGCUGAGCCUCAGCUCGUCUGUUUACAGCCACAGGACACACUUUAAACACACUUAUUUCUUUCAAAAUCAGAUUUAAACACUAGGUACUUUCCAGAUCAUGUGUCAAAAUUAAUCUCUAACAAUUAUAUUAUUUGACGUUAUCUUGUUUUCAUUUUAAUCCCAAAUCUGCUCAUUUGAAUCCUUGGGAAACUUAAAUUGAUCGCAAAUCGCACCUUAAGAAUAUUCCUCCAAUCUUUUCCAAGAAUUGAAGCUUUAACAUUCCUGCCCAUGAAACACACAAAGGAAGAAACUCAAGAUAGAUAAGGGGGAAAUAUUUCUAUGAGUGCCUCAUAUGUUUAAAUGCCAACGAAAAGUUAGCCAAAAUGACUGAAAACAUGUUGUGAGCUUGUCGUCAUCAGCUAUUUCAAGUAUUUCCUAAAGAAAACUAUAUUAAACCUUCAAAUAAGUCUCCUUUACAACAAAAUGUGAGAAAGUGAAUUUUCUGGUGGCACUAUUGUCUGAGCAGCAGAGACUUCGUUAGCACGAACAAAGGGUACAACACAUCAUCCGAAGCUCUGUAACCUGGCAACGUCACAUAAUUAAGAUGCCGUGAUCCAUAUUGGUUGUGUUAAUUGCAAAAGCUGGUGGCAUUGCAGCUGUUGUAAAUCAGCUUAUAACAAUACACGCAACAGGGUUCAUAAAAAUCCACAAGCUGUCACACAAAGACACAAGGCCUCCUUUCUCACAUCACACUGUUGCAGAUUAUUUCCAAUAAAUGUGUAUAGAAUAUGUGUCACAAUGUGUAAAAGUUGAGCAUAUAUUAGAGAAAAAAAACUGCCAUUACAACCAUUUCAACUAUUUGAAAUGAUUUCCCAGUCGGAUAUAUGCAGAACAUUUUAGCCUAUAGGGGGAAUAAAAUGUUCUUUUGCCUGCCCUGCCCUACUGUAUGUCCUCUGGCUGAAGCUAAAAUUGGUCUACACAGAUGUCAAAACGGUACCAAAUGAUAAUAACUGUAAAUAGCAUUGAUAAUAUUGAUUUAUAAUAUAUUGUUGGUGAAAUGUGUAUACAUAAAAAAGGUG